AUGUCGAAGACAGCAAAGAGGAAGGGGAUCAUAGAGGCCCGGAAUCCUCGGAAAAGGCAGAAGUUGUCCAAUGUAACCGCUCAGGCUGCUCCUAGAGCCUUGGGCUUACCUGUCCGUGACGAUGGGCUAAGAUGGAAACCAGUCUCUUUACCUAGAAGGCUCGAGGAUGCCGAGGGAUUCUAUGAACUCGAAGAGAUCGAGGAUGUCGAAGUGGUUCGAGAUGAGGUGAAACACCAUGUCAUGUUUCUGCCAAAGUCAGCAUCGACUGUGGACGAGACCUAUCAGGUGGACGCAGUGGACGAAGAAUGGCAAGGAUUUGAGGACGAGGAUUCGAAGUCGACAUUGUCAGAGCAUAAGGAAUCAGCAAGCUUAACGCCUUCGACCUCGAAAGCUUCAGACUCCGCGAAGUUCCGGCUUGGGCAAGAAUCAAAGCCCAAAAGAGAGCACGAUGUUGAGACUGGUCUGAAUUUCAAUGUCUUGCUGGAUUCGUCAGAAGAGCCCAAGACAGAUGUUUCGGCUUGGAAAGAUCUCGAGCUGUCAAACGCCACCCUGUCACAGCUUUCUCGCCUUGGGUUCGCUAAACCCACGCCCAUUCAAGCUACUGCCAUCCCAGCCAUCAUUCAGGGCCACGAUGUUAUUGGUAAAGCCGUGACGGGAUCGGGAAAGACACUGGCGUUCGGCAUUCCGAUAUUUGAGGAUUGGCUUUCAAACGAAAAUGUCACAUUCAACGGUCCAAUAAAAGCCAAAGCUUCCACGCUGGCCCUCAUCCUCGCACCCACCCGAGAACUCGCUCUGCAGCUGCAUCGACAUUUGAACGAAUUGUGUAUCGGGUUGGAGAAUCAUCCCAACGUUUCAGCUGUGACUGGUGGACUGUCAAUACAGAAACAACAGCGACGGCUCGAAUAUGCGGAUAUUGUGGUAGCGACCCCCGGCCGACUUUGGGAAGUCAUGAAUGAUUCAGGUACCAAUCAUGACACCGAUGCCUUGGUAGACCGUCUCAAGAAGAUCAAGUUCUUGGUUGUGGACGAAGCUGACCGACUUCUGAGCGAAGGGCACUUUAAGGAAGUUGAAAACAUCCUGGAUGCUCUUGAUCGAGAGACCGUCGUCGACGAAACAGAAGCGGAAGAAGCAACAAAAAGGCCUCCGAAAUCUCAGCGACAGACGCUUGUGUUUUCCGCAACAUUCCAUAAAGGCUUGCAGCACAGGCUCACAGCCAAAAUCAAGUCGAGCGACCGCGCCAAAAAUCGCCUCCUCGAUAAUCAGCAGUCAAUGGAAUACCUUCUUCAAAAGCUCUCCUUUCGCGAAGCAAAACCCACUUUUAUUGACGUCAAUCCCUCAUCUCAGAUGGCUUCAACGUUAUCUGAGUCCAUUGUGGAAUGUGGUGCCAUGAAAAAGGACUUAUACCUCUACACCCUCCUCAUGCGGAAUCCCAGAUCGAAGGCACUGGUGUUCGCCAAUAGCAUUUCAUCUGUCCGAAGAAUAACCGCUCUCCUCCAGAGCUUGAAACAACCGGCGACAGGCUUGCACUCAACCAUGCCCCAAAAGUCACGACUACGCUCGUUGGAAAGAUUCGCCGCACAGAGCAACAUACUUGUGGCCACGGAUGUCGCAGCUCGGGGCCUGGAUAUCAAAGGCAUUGAUUUGGUCAUCCACUAUCAUGUGCCUCGCACUGCAGACAUGUACGUGCAUCGAUCUGGAAGGACUGCCCGAGCCGAAAAUCCUGGACGGUCAAUCUUACUUUGCUCCCCUGAUGAGGUCGCGAGCGUGACGAGGCUGAUACUCGAAGUUCAUAAGACGAACAGAGCGCCUGAGACAAUUGAGAUAGAUGCUGGGCUGGCGAAAAGGCUUGAAGACCGUCUCGACCUAGCCCAUAAGAUUACAGAGGCUACGCUGGCUAAAGAAAGAGCAAACAUCAAGGAUGGAUGGCUGAGAUCGGCCGCCGAAGAACUUGGAGUGGAUUACGAUAGCGAGGAAUUCGAAGGUCAGGGUCAGAAAGGCAGACGAGGCAGAGGUGGUGGGAAGGCAAAGAAAGAGAAACAGAAAGGAGCAGUAGGCAAAGACCAAAUUUCACGUUGGCGGUCCGAAUUGACGAAUUUACUGAACAAGAGAAUUAAUCUAGGCGUCAGUGAAAGAUAUUUGGCCGGCGGACAGGUCAAUGUGGGAGCAUUACUUGAUGGCCAGGUGGGUGGCACAUUUCUUGAAGCUCGCUGA